AUGCCAGCGACGUGGGGACGAGUCCUUGUAUGUGGACGAGUAGCUGCAGAUGAGGCGUCGCAUGGCGCAGCUGAGGCUGGCACUAGUCUCACGACACCGCAUAUUUUGCGGUCCGUGUGUCAUAUUCGCAUGACACGCGUGAUCACGUCGAGUGUGGCGGACCAUGCGGUGUUUCUGUCUGUGCAUGGUGAUGCCUACGUGUAUGGCCGUAACACCGAAGGUCAAUGUGGCGUGGCGUCGAUGCCGGGUGCCGUGGAUGGUGGGCUUUGGCUCUACAAUGCGACGCGCCUUGAUCGGCAGCGUGAUUUCGUGCCAUCGCUACCGGACACGGUCAAAAUUGUCGGUGGCGCCACAGGCGCGACACAUACACUUCUUCUUACGUCGCAAGGCACAGUGUAUGCUGCAGGCUCCAAUGCACAAGGCCAAUGUGGUCUAGGCGUUAUGCCUGCCUCACAACCGUUCCGACAAGUGGAUAUGCCGUUCAGCACAGGUGCUGAUCCGGUGAAGGACAUGGGAUGCACACGCACAGGUAGUGUUCUUGUGACUACAGCAGGGCAUGUGUACGUCAUGGGUUCAGCCAAGCACGGAUUCUGGGGCACAGGCCCCCUGUCAUGGCAGAGCAAAAGUGCCUCGGAGGUACGCUACGCGACCCAGACGACGCCCAUGCGUGUGCCAAGCCUGGAUGCCAUUUCAAGUAUAGCCUGUGGAGAAGAUCAUGUGGUGGCUCUUAGCGCAACACACCAAGUGUAUGUAUGGGGCCGUGGCGCCCUUUCGCGAUUAGGGUGCGGCACACAGUGGGACCAACCACAGCCUGUACGAAUUCCGCAAUUUGCCCGUGUGCCUGCAUCCGAGCAGGUGUAUGCCGUGUAUGCAGGACGUACAGUGACAGCUUGCGUGGACAACGCGUCAAGACUCUGGAUCGCUGGCACAUUUCGGACACAGGGCGACGGCAGCGCCGGUCAAUCGUUUAUUAUCUACAAGCCUUUGCCUGAGCUGGCUGAGUACGAUGUUGAACAAGUGGCCCUCGGUGCCGAUACAAUCCAGUGUACGGCUCGUCCUACCUACGACGGUGCUGCAGAGGCGGGUGCGCCGCUGCAAGUGCUAGGAUGGGGCGAAGGGGCCUUGCAUGCGGAACUAGGGUACCCAGCCACGACACCUGCUUUGCCGGAUGUGAUACCGGUCCUCACAUCUCUUCGACCUGUACGUAUCGCAAGUGGUCGGCAUACAUCCUACUGGAUUGUAGAGCCGGAUCCAUCGUACGCGGAUUUGCCGCGUUUCCCUGACUAUGUGGCGUCGUCGAGUGUAUGUUUGGUAUGCCAGCGCGGUGGGGAUGAAGACGAUGCUACGCUGUUGGAAUGCGGUCGCUGUGAGAACCCGUACCACUUGGCCUGCUUGACGCCGCCACUGGAAGCUGUGCCACCGGGUGAGUGGCUCUGUGAAUCCUGCCGGGCGCAUGAUACAGGGGGCGAGGCGGCCGACGAUGCUCCUGCGAAGACGACCCAAGCCAAGUCUGGUGCUGGAGCCCAGCGUGGACGCAAGCGGCGGCGAGCUUGA